AUGUCUAUGGACCUUUUUCUUGAUGAUGAUGCGCCUUCGUCUUCGGCGAUGGACUGUUUUUUUGGUGGUUAUCAGUUCCUGUACCGGUUCCGGUACCUGUACCUGUGCCAGUUCCAGUUCCUGUACCUGUUCCUGUACCUGUACCAGUUCCUGUACCUGUACCAGUUCCUGUACCUGUACCAGUUCCUGUUACAUUCCAAAGUUAAACCCAAAAGAGAAACCAAGAUGCGUCCAAUCCUAGCGCUAUCCCUGGUCAUCCUGGCCUCAUUCAUUGCGUUGUCCCGGCAAGCCUCGACUCCCGCCUCGUCAUCAACGCCGAGCUCCUCGUCUCCCUCGUCUAGUUCAACUCCUAGUUCGUCAUCUCCAACCAGCUCAUCACCCUCGAGCAGCUCCUCCUCAGAUACCGCAACCACAACCACCACAACAACCACGACAACCACAGCAGCCACCACCACAACCGAAAAAUCCAAGAAGCAUCGCCGCCGCCAUCGCCGUCGUCGUAUCAUCAUCAUCCGUCGGGAACGCGGGGAUCGCGAUGGCGAGGGUCGCCGCAGAAACCGCAGGCGCGAAGAUGGCGAAAGCAGCGGAAGCGGAAGUGGCCGCAUCGUGAGGCGUGUUCGCGUCCGUGAGCGUCGCUUCAGGCGUUCGGGACGUCGUUUCGCUUAAAUUCUCAACCCAAACUCGAAAUAAAUCACAAAACU